AUGGAGGCUGAAUGUUUAUCAGAAAUCAGUAACACAGCUGGUCCUGUUGAAGCCAAGGAAGAACUCUUGGAUGAAUGUGAGAGUAUUUGGAAGCAGAUGGAAGAGUGUCAGAGCAAGCUAAUGCUUCUAGGAACAGAGACACUGCUACCAUCAGAUGCCAAGCUUUCCUUGUUAAUGCUACGGUGGAAAGCUUUAACAGUAGAUUUUCAUCAGUGGCAAGCAAGAAAUCCUGAAGUAAUUUCUACCAAUCCAGAUGUACUGUUAGAAUUGGGAAAAGAAGAGUUGCAGAAAGUAAAAAAUGAUCUUGAAAUGGUGCUGUCAACAGUUCGGUCAAAGAAUAAACAACUGGAAGAAGAUCUGAAAAGAGAACAGCAGUGGUAUGAGGAACAGAAACAGAUGCUAGAGACUCUUAAUAAAAUGGAAGAAGAGGCAAAUACUGAAGUUGAACAUCCUUCCACAAAAAGUUUGAAAACUAGAGAACUCAAUGAACUGAAAAAUAAAGUACUGAAAUUAAAGACCUAUAAGAAAGAACUCCUGAGUGCUUUGGGUGAAUUCCUGGAUGAACAUUUUCCCCCUCCAGAGAAAGGUGAAAAUAGUAAAAAAAAGAACUCUUUGGCAGAGCCAGUUGUAGAACUGAUAACAUUGCAAGAAAUUUUAGAGAUGCUGAUAAACACAUUAAUGACCACACCACAUGAACCUUAUAUAACAAUUAAUGAGUCAUUUUGGCCACCUUAUAUUGAGCUGCUGCUGCGAUAUGGAAUGGCCCUGAGACAUCCAGAGGAUCCAAACAGAAUGCGCCUCCAAGCUUAUCACAAGUAGUGUGACCUACAUGUGCACUUGAAAAUAAAACAACACCAGUCUCUUAAUUCAGGGCUAGGACAUACUUAGGUUUCCUACUAAGCUUUCUUAGUAUCAAACAUCACUUCUUGUUGGAUGAUUUUUUUCUUUUAUAUUAAAAUGGAUAUUUAAGAGCAUAAAACAUAGAAAAAGAAAAAAUAAUAAUCUAUUUUAACUGCUUACAUUUGGCCUUCAGUGUUAUAUCAAGAUUUGCAUUAUGGAAGGUUUUUAUCACUGCUUCUGUAAGAUGCAGAUUCAUGUAAUAGACAAAUAUGUUUAACAGUCCUUUUUACUUUAAAAACCAUACUUUAUACAUUACUUCUAUAGAUUAGAUUUCUUAGAUUGCCUGAAGUUGUCUCUAUUUCCUUUAGUAUUUUCUUGUAUUCUGUAGAGGCAAAAUUCAGAAUAAAACCACUCCUGUACAUGGCCUUGCAAACAUUUGGAAAUAACAGAGAGGUAUCCUCUCAAGAAUCUGUUAUGCCUUGUUUGUUUCUCAGAGCCCUUGCAAACAAUUUUACUGGCCCGACGAUAAGCACCUAGGAAAGCUGACACAUCUUUCUGUGCAAGGUGCAGCAGAUGUUGAGUCUAUGCCUUUCACUGCACGCUUCCCAAAUGGCCUACUUUGUGUUAUGCUGUAUUGCCUUACAGUAUCUGUCUUCACGUUUUCAGACCUAGCUUAUCAAGGCUUUUAAUGGAUCUCUGUUCUGUUGAUCUCUACAGCUUCUACGUUAUGUCAGUUGAGAGUUACCUUCUGACUCAAUGCUGGCAUUCUUUGCAAUCUCAGUCUUUUUUGUAGCCAUUUUUAUUGUAUUGUAUUGAGUACAAAAUUCUACUCUUGCUUAUCUGUAGUGACUAAAUUAUCCUUUAUUAACCAGAUUGUAGUUUAUUGAGGGAGGAGCUUGGGUGAUUUUUUAAUUGAUGGAAAAAUAAAGGGUUGUAUACUA